AUGGCUGUUCUGUCUCGCGUCUUCUUGGCCGCUGCUGCCGCCGCCCUAGGGGCCUCUGCUCUCGGUGCUCCUGAUGUCACUUUGACAUUUGACGAUAUUGCGGUUUCUAAUGAGGAAUCAUGCGGAAGGUCGCAGCUUUCUCAGGAGGAUCCUUACCACGGCAUCAUUAUUACCGGUACUGAAUACAACUUGGUCAUCAACUCCACCAAGACUGCUGCUUGUCCCAACUCUCAGCCCUUCACUUACUUUGCUGAAUGGGCUUCCUCCGGCAGCAACGUUCUCCUCAACCUCGCCGAUGGGAUCAGAUUCCACGCCCCAGAGUCGGAGAAGCUUAAUGCGGGCUUUUUCCAUGCAGGAUUUGUCUACGGCGAGGAUCAGCUAGCCCCGGGUAUCACGAACGUCACUGUUCAGAUUCAUGUCAAAACUUCCGACGGAAAGGACCAGUUGUUCCAAGACUUUCCUCUCACGUCAGGAAACUUUGGACCUUGGCAGGUUUUUGUCAAUGAAACCAGUGCCGAUUGGAUCCAGGUUCAAGGCUAUGCUUUCGCGUAUACUGGCUCUUCUGUCAUCACCACCACCAACCUUAUCGUUGAUGAUGCUGAGCUCUGGUAUGCCUAA